AUGGAACAGCUGGCAACCAAGCCCAUCGAUGACAUCACCGGUCACAUGGCCGGUGUCACCGCUACAAAACCACUCUGCCGAUGCCGUCAGUUUGGGGCACGACACCGCAAGCCACACCAUGAUCGACCCGCUUCUGACUUUGCAGAAUGCAAUGAUUCAGCCCGCUCAUCGUGUGGCCUUAAUCUACUACUAACAGCAGCUGCUCUUGUUGAUGAAGCCAAAGAGACACACUGCCCAUCAGCUACGAAUCUGCUUCUGACACCAGCUGCUGUUGAUGGCCAUGGAGCCAACAGUGAUGCCACUCAAGCAGGGUUAGGUUCUUCACAAGGUCACACUGCCACUGAUUCAGCACCAUCGGAUUUUCCAGAAGAUGCACCUUCAAGUUCCGAAUGUGACGCACUGCCAGCUUGUUCAACAGCUUGUUCAGCAGGUGUGGAAACCACCCAUGAAUCGAGCUGCCAGCCAUUUCAAGCUUUGACGGUGCCUGUUGAGUCUCAGCAGAACUUUUGUGCUGCCUGUGGAGGAUUUCUGUCUGCUGAGGGCACAGCUGAUGUCACCGGCUCCAGUUCAAGUAGUUGGGAUGCUGAUCAAGCAGUAGUAGCUGCCCUUCACAAAAAAAUAGCUACAUUGAAAGAGUGCUUGAACAACAUGAAGCGGAAAGUUGCUACACUGCAACAACAGAAAAGCAGAGCGAACCGAAGAAACCAUUAA